UCUGUGCGCCGUUUCUGUCCCCCGUCACAUGCACGUCACGUCAUUGCUGAAUAUUAUUAUCAUCUACGCCGAAUUUUCCAGUAUUGCAGAGAGCCCUUUUUGUGUCGACAGAUAAACAGUUGGAAUUUAUAAAACGGAAUACAUCUAAAAGUGACCAAGAUGAAUCUUUCGCUCGUCGUCUCAGUCUUGAGCAGCGCCCUCUUUCUGGUCUGCGGCGCCUACCCCUUCAGCUCCUCGGACCGACUGGCCCUGCGCAGCUACCUGAGGGAUACGUUGCUAGGCGACGUCGGGGAUGCCAUGGUUGGCCCGGCAACCAGGGAGGAGAGCGCCGCCAUGAACAAACUCAUCAUUCCGCCCAACACCUUUGUGUCAGGUGGAGCAGGAGAAGGCAAACAACACCUUGGAUCAGCCGGGAAGAUCCCCAACAAACAGGUGGCUAUACCGGAGGUCCACGCUGGCUACUCGACUCCGCCCAACCCCUGCCCCAAGACGAUGGACGAGAAAGACAAGGAGAGCGUGAAGUCUACCCUUCACCCCCGGCUGAAGUGUUUCUGCGAGAAUGGAUGGCAGGACGAUGAAGCGGAAACCCUGGACUGCACUGAAUCUGAAAAUUGCUGCUUGGCUACCAUGUCCAACACUGCCGCCUUCGUGAGUCAGUACCAGCAGACCGGUGAGGCCCAGGAGCAGCAGUACAUGCCGUUCAAACGGAAUCAGUACAGUCAGGGUGAAAAGAGAGGUCAACUCGUGGCCAAGAAGUCUCCCGAGAUCAUAGCCAAACGAAGCCUGGGAGUUAGACGAUCUGGAACAAAGCGUUUCAAUCCUUACCUUGACAACCAACCGUACAUCGAUAGCCUCGUUGCUAAGAAGGCACCCAGACUCUCCGGUUUCCCCGCCAUGUAGGAGGCUUGACCUCGUGUCAAAGGUCACUGAUGACAUCCGGCCUAUGUGAAUAUUAAUGUCAUGUUUCAUCAUCAACUGGGAUUCACUACACAUGUGUCUAUCAUUUUCUCUUUUAAAAUCGAAACAUUUUGGUAAAAAAGAUAAAUAACACAACGAAAAUGAUAUUGAUAUUCACAUGAAUGCACUACAUGAAACAGGUGACGAAAAUGUAUUAUGUUUAAUGUGACCCGCUCUGCUGAAAUGAAUGACUGGUCUUUUGACCGGUGGGACAGUUGGCCAGUUACGUUGAAGGAAUAACAUUUGUAUUUUUUAAACGAGAUUUGACAAUCUGAUUUGUCACAAAUUCAUCCAUUUUUUUCCAAAUCAAACUAGGUCUUAGUUUCUGCUCUGCAAUAGCCAAAGUUUAGAAACCGUUGGAAAAGCCAAUCUUUCCAACAUUUUGACAAUUUUAGAGUCAACUGUGGCAAUACGGGCAAGAAGUGUGAACGCAUCAAGUUAUUUUAGAACUUACUUUUUUUUUUCACUUUCCAGAGCGGGUCACAUUGACUGCUGAAAAAAAAAUGUCCAGUCAGAAGUUGUCAGAGUAAAAGUGCGCGUUGUGUUUUGGUUAUUUGUUUAAUAAUUUUCAAGUUUCGGGGUUUUUUUAAUAUAAAAAAGAACAGUGAUUUACUACAGUGGAUCUCUCACCGAAAAUACAACAUUAUACCGAAGAGAUAAAAUACAGGGGAAAAUGACUUCACAGGAUUUAACUGCUCAUAUCAAUUUACUGUUUGGUAGAAAGGGCAAGUUCGAUCGAGGACCAGUGGUCAACUAGUGGUUGAUUCGUGAAGUGUGUUACGCCUGCGCUUAAGCCAAAGUUAAUCAUAGUUCGCGCUCGAACAUCCUCGUGGAAUGACAUCUGGACUAGGUAAAACCUUGCUAUCUUCUCUGAACAAGUACACUCCAAAAGGUGUGUUUAGCAACUAAACACAAUCUUGCUAUAUCACUUUGUAAACAUGUUUAGAAGCUAAAAAUUACGUGCCCAAUUGCUAAACAGUAUCCAUCAAUACUAGUAUUUAAACAUGUUAGCAAAGUGAUAGCAAGAAAGUGUUUAGAAAAGUUUGUAAUUGCUAAACACAGUAUUUGCAGUGUAAUUGUCUUGUCAGGAUGACAAAUUACAUCCUUCUAUCGAUAAAUUUGACAAUAUGAAUCUUUAAGGGUCGUUUUUAAACUCUCUCCUAGUUUUGUUUUUCUUGGGGAGUCAAACCCAAUCGGAUGUGAAAGCAGGUUCCUGGCGGUGCGUUUGAAUUGAACACCAUAUCGAUCCAUCGCGCAGGUAUCAAAAGCAUUUAUCAGCAAUCGAGGAUUAAAUGGAAAAUGAUCGUGUGAUUGUUAUACUUUUUUUUUAUUAUAGUCUUUUUGUAAUGUCCCGUUUUUGCCACUCGCCCAGCGGAGAAAUCCAACGUGGAUUUUGUGUUUGGCGUAUAAAUGUUGUAAACAGAAAUUAUUACUAUACUUCACAAAUUAUUAACAUCGUAAUAAUAUUAAUCACUUAAUGAAGUACAUAAUAUUUACACAGAAUUUAAGUAUAGUUUGCAUGUAUAUUGCAUAUACGUAUGUGGUACGGUACUUAUUUAGAUCUGUUUAGUUCACCUGUAAUGUUCACAGUGUGUGGGUGGAUGGAAAAGACGCUUUGAAUUCAGGUUCAUUAAACAAAUUAGCAAAGAUAAUGUAGGCCUAGUGACAUUACGGAAUAACGGAUUGGUUUAUAAAUUAAAAAAAAAUGUUACCACUUUGGCAAACAACCGGAUCAAAAGUCAUUGGUAAAUGUGCUCACUAGAAAUAUUGCGUUUAAGAAUUCAAGUCCAAGUCCCAAUUCGAAUCGGUCGUUUUUAGUUGUGGCAACGGCUUCGGUUUUUGACACCGAAAUGCUGCUGUGAAAAAAAUACAAGAAACGGCCCUUUUUGGACGCAGCCUUGCAAUUGCAUGCAUGCAAAGGGUUUGUAUGUAUAUAUUGUGUAUAGAAAAUAUAUUGCACAAAAUAUCUUGAUUGUAUUAAAUUUUGGUCGACUGCUAUUAAUUUUAAAAGGAAAUUCCUUGAUAUUUUGAGUAGUAAAUUGGCUAAAAUAUUGUAUUGAGUUACUGCAUGAUGUAAGUGUAAUCAUUUGUGUGCGUAGUAGAAAUUCCAUGCAUUUACUAGAAUUAAGUUAUGACGACCCCAGUUGUUCUGAUGAAUACUAAGUUGUUUUAAGAUUAUCACCUUGAAAAAAAAAUUAAGGUAAAGGUUUAGUAAUUGCCUCUGGUAUUAUUGUUGAUCUUAUUUUAAGUUAUUAAUACGUAUUAUAUAAUUUAUUGAUAAUUUUCCGGAUACCAUUGGCUGACACCUUGCUUAAAUUUGCUGAAAUCCGACGCUUGCCCUAGAAAUCAAUGUGAAUCCAAACUUGACAAUAAAGGCAUAUAACCCC